CAAAGAAGUUAUCAAAGACAUUGCAAAAAACACAAACAAAAAACUAGACAAAAAUGGGGUUGCUAGAUUAUUCCCAAUGGUUGAUCCUAGUAGCAGCUUUGUUGGGUGGAUAUGCAUUUGUGUUUGGUUUCCUAAGGAGAUUGAAUGAAUGGUACUAUGUUGGUAGGUUGGGAAAAUCACAAAAUCUCCCACCAGGUGAUAUGGGUUGGCCUUUCUUUGGUAACAUGCCUACCUUCCUUAAAGCUUUCAAAUCUGCUGAUCCUGAUUCCUUCAUCAAUAACCUUGUUUCUAGAUAUGGAAAGACAGGUAUGUAUAGAACACAUUUGUUUGGUAGUCCAAGCAUCAUAGUAUGCACACCAGAGACAUGUCGUAAGGUUCUAACCGACGAAGAGAAUCUCAAGGUUGGAUACCCUCAUUCAACCAUGGUCCUUACAGGUAAAAGAUCAUUCCAUGGAAUCUCAAAUUCUGAACACAAACGUUUGAGACGUUUAAUCACUUCUCCCAUAAAUGGUGACGAAGCAUUGUCAACUUAUAUUAGUCUCAUUGAGGAUAGUGCUGUGAAACAUUUAGAAGAGUUGUCUAAAAUGAACACACCAUGUGAGUUUCUUAAAGAGAUGAGAAAGUUUGCUUUUGAAGUCAUCACUACCAUCUUCAUUUCUUCUGAUCGUGAUCACGUGGACCUUGGUUUGGUUGAAAAUUUGUACAUUGAUUUGCUUAAGGGAAUGAAAUCACUCGCCAUCAAUCUCACUGGAUUUGCAUUCCAUAAAGCACUCAAGGCAAGAAAGAAGUUGAUGAAGCUAUUGCAAGCCUUGGUGGAUCAAAAAAGGAGGAAUAAUAAUAAAGUAAAAAAGAUGAAAAAAGAUAUGAUGGAUUUAUUGAUGGAAGUCAAAGAUGAAGAGGGUAGGAUGUUGGAGGAUGAAGACAUUAUAGACUUGCUUCUUGUGUUCUUGUUAGCUGGUCAUGAAAGCUCUGCUCAUGGAAUUUUGUGGACUAUUAUUUACCUCAUUGAUCAUCCACAUGUCUUCCAAAGGGCCAAGAAAGAACAAGAAGAGAUCAUGGAAACAAGGCCUUCCACUCAAAAAGGACUGAACCUUAAGGAAAUUAAGCAAAUGCAAUAUCUUUCAAAGGUUAUUGAUGAGAUGCUGCGCAUAACAACAAUCUCAUUUGCAAAUUUUAGACGGGCAAAAGUUGAUGUUAACAUCAAUGGUUAUACAAUACCAAAAGGAUGGAAGGUCCUGGUUUGGAAUAGAGGUGUUCACAUGGAUCCUGAAAUUUACACCAAUCCAAAGGAAUAUGAUCCUUCCAGAUGGGAGAAUUACAAAGCAAAAGCAGGAUCAUUCAAUCCAUUUGGAUUAGGAAGCAGAUUAUGUCCAGGAAGUGAUCUAGCUAAACUUGAGAUCACUAUUUACCUUCAUCAUUUUCUUCUUAACUACAGGAUGGAGAGAAUUAAUCCAGAUUGUCCAGUUACCUACCUGCCAGUGCCAAGGCCUAAAGAUAAUUGCCUUGCAAGAAUUAUAAAAGUAACAUAAAUCAUGGGAUUACUUAGUCUCUUAGUUAAUAUUCUUGUCAAUUAUAUUAUAUUUAAAUAAAGUUCAAGUCAUAGGGUUUAGGCCAUGGAAUUAUAAUAUAAUUUACAUUAACAUGUAUGAUGAUAGCCAAGGAAAUGGAGAAAUCAAAUGUUGGCACUUGUUUGUUAGUA